UACAGAAUAGUGUUCUGAUUAGACAAUGUAAAAAAAGAUUGUACAAUUAAGCCGACAUCACUAUGCAGUGGAAAUGAAUAACAAAAAUGAUUUUUGUACUAUUUUUCUUAUUUCAAAUUUUUCAAGAUGGAACAAGAAUUUGUGGUUGAUAAGCCACUGGUGGUUAGGAUAAGGGGUUUCCUUCCUAUUUGAUUAAGAAAAGUCGUUAUUUGGAUCCAAUUUCAGUUUUCAGUGAUACAAAAUGACGAAAGGUUCUUACAGUGUUGGUGACAAUAACCACCAACCUUCAAGAAGAGAUACUUCUUAUAAAUCAUUUAUUUGUGUCCUUUUAAUUUUUUUGUUUAUUUGUUUGGUAAUUCUAUUAGCUGCUAUUGGUUGGGGAAGUGGGCGUAAUUAUAAUAAUCGGGAAAAAGUUCAUAAAGAAACAUCAAAUCAAGAGGACGAAAGCCAAGCUGAGGUUUUGGAAAGGAAAGGUUUAAAGCAGAACAAUACUUUUGAAAAAAUAAUCGUUGUUGAAACCACGACUCUACUGAAUAAAAUAGCGAAUAUCACUGAAAAAGCUGAAAGCUCGACAAUUGGUCUAAAAGCGACGACUGAGGAUAUUUUGGAAGAAACGACGGUAUAUUUAGUAGGUGUUAACAAAGAAUUCUCAACAAGUGGGACUGUGGAAGAGAAUACAAAAAAAAGUCUUGAACCUGUAACAUCUAGCACAGCUUUGGAAGAAGCUACAACUGAAGAUAUUUUGAAAGAAACGGCUGUAUAUUUAGUAAGUGUUAACAAAGAAUUCUCAACAAGUGGAGCUGUAGAGGAGAAUACGAAAAAAAGUCUUGAACCUGUAACAUCUAGCAUAGCUUCAGAAGAAAUUGAAGUAACGACACAGGAAAUAGUAGUUACAACAGAUUAUAUACAACAAAAACUUAUAACAAACUUGGAAAAGCUGAAUACGACUCAAGUUACAGAAACUGUAACAAGUGGGUACGACCAAAAUUUGGUUGAUGAAAAAUUUGUUAUUACUACAACGGAGUUUUCUGAAACCAAUACUUUGGCACCUGUUGCUACCAAAGCAAUUUCGGAAAAAAAUGUUUCUACUGAAAAUUUGGCUGAAUUGCUUUCAACUUCUACUGACAAAGCAAAUUCAGCCCCAACUUUUCCAACUUCAACCACAGAAGUGUCAGUCAUGGAAUCAGAAGCAAUAACCGAAUCGAUUCCUGAAAAAACGCACUCCGCUUUGACUAGAUCCUCAAACCCAGUCUGUGAAAGUAUUAUUUGCAAAACUACAUCUUCGCGAAUUUUAAGUAUGAUGAACCAUUCGGCCGAUGCUUGCGACGACUUUUACGAAUUUGCUUGUGGCCGAGUGUACGAAGUUGAGGAGGAAUCUGUCGAGUUUUACGAUGCUGAAGUGUUGACGAAUCAAAUGAAUUUGAUUAAAGAUUCGUCUCCCAAAUAUUUGAAGGAUUUCAAACAGUUUUACCAGAGUUGUCUCCAACACGAGGAUGAUUUCAAUUAUCGACCACGGAUGAAUAAACUUGAGUUUUUGCUGAAAGAAGUCGGAGAGUUUCAGUUUGGUGAUGAUUCCAUUGAGGUUGAUUUAACUGAUCUCGUGGCUCAACUCCUUCUACGUCAGUCCAUGCCACUGUUUGACAUCGGAUUAGACGUAGACAAACACACUUCUAAUUUAAUUCUCCAAUUAACACUACCACAGCAAAGCUUUCUUCGCACCGGGACACAAAACUGGUCCGGAUUGUCGCUCCUGAAAAAACAAUGUCUGAAAAAAUUAAACUCAUUAAUACGCGGUUCUCACGUAGAUUUAAACGAAACAUACAAAUUAUACCAAAAAUGUCACCACAAUUACAGAACUUAUCUCAAUUCUAUCGAAUUUUUGAUGCGAGAAUUGAAAGCGUUCCAAAACUUAACAUCCGAAGUUCUUUUCAAGGAAAUAGUAGCCACGAGACAAAAUAUAGAAUUUGAAGUCUUGAACAACCUUGAUUCUUUACCGUCAACAGCGGAUAUUUUACGCCAAUUUAUUCAAAAAAAAUACGAAGUGCGAAAACUAUCAGAUCUGAAAUUCCAUUACCCGAUUUUGGAUUGGAUUAAGCUUUUUCAAACAAUGACUGGGCGUAUAAUCAGCGAAAACACCGUAAUCCAAAUUUAUUUCAGCGAUUAUUUCAAGCAAAUAUUUUCAUCGCUUUCAAAAAUUGACAAGAAGAAAUUAAACAACGCCCUAUUAGCAAUUUAUGCCUACGAUUUGUACAUAAACACAGUCGUACCGAAAGAAAAAUUCACUCGUGAAAAAUUCUGUACGGGCUUGUCGAAACAAUUAUUUCCGGAAAUUUGGUCCCAUUUGGUCCACAAUUCAAUUUCAGUUGAAGAACAAGAAAAGUUAAACAAUCAAGUUGAUAAUAUCUUCGGGGUUUUGAAGAAGAAUUUUUGUAAGAAACUUCUCACCGCUGAAUGGAUUGAUGACGACACAAGGACUUCAGUUGUGACCAAAUGUAAUAAUUUGAAUCUGAUUUUUUUCACUCCAUCUAAUGAAACCACUUUAAUUAAUAAUUACGAAAAUGUGAACGUCACUUCAAAUUUUCAAACGAAUCUAAUCAACAGUCUUAUUCAUUUCAAACAGAGGAUUUAUUCAACACAAGAGACACCAAUUUCGGCUAAAACAUUAUUUUCUUAUUUUGUGGAUCCCCUCGACAGCAAACUUUUAACAUUUUAUUCAAAUUCUUUAAUUGCUGUUCCUUUAGGCUUGAUGCGGAAAGCUCCUGAAAGUCUCCCAAACUAUUUAAUUAUGUCUCGUGUAGGCCUGGCUUUAGCCCGACAAAUAGCCCUGCAUUUUGACCCCACCGGAUUGACAUAUGGAAUUAAAUUAAAAUCGUUUUCGAAAUCGACCUAUUCUGAAUUUGUAGAAACCAUGAAAAAUUUAAUGGACUACUCCAGCCCUAGACUAUUCGACGGAAGAAACAUCAGUUUCAGUCUGAACGGAUUGUUAUCAAUGAAUGAAAGAAUAGUCGAUAACACAGCUUUCCGACUAGUUUUUGAUUCCUUGAAUCUAAAUCCCGAUCAAGACAUUUUGCCCUGGAUUUCGGCACAAUAUUCAAGGGAAAAAGUUUUCUUCAUAGCGACGGCUCAAGAAUUUUGCAAGAAAACGACAAUCUUAGAUUUCAUGUUGCACGUUUUUGAAAAACGGCACUUGCCGGCUGUUCUUCGAGUCGAAAAUAUUAUGGGAAAUUCCGAGGAUUUCGCGAAUAAAUUCACUUGUCCUGAUGGCUCAGGAAUGGAUUUUUAUGUUAAACUGCAAUUUCCUUACUUGAACAAGGUUGAAGAAGAAUACGAGGAUGAAGAAGCAUUGCAACAGAAUAAAUAAUUUGCAAAAAAAAUAUUAUCCAAUUCGUUUUUUAUAAAUAGAUGAUUUAAA